AAAGCAGAAGUAUCCAAACAUUCAACGGGCGAGGAAUUGCCUAGAGUAUUGUUGACUUUGAAUACCCAAUCGUUCCCAUCAAAGGAAUAUGUUUUCAUUUGUGUUUCUAGCAUUAGCCAUCAUUGGCAUGGUCGCCACUCAACCUCCGCCACCGGAUGCAUCCUGCUUUCAGCCGACUACAGUCACAGCCGAAGACUGUUGCAAAAUGCCGAAACCGAUCGAUUCAGCGGUGAUGGAUAAGUGCAAGGCGGAUAAUCCACGACCUGGUCAGAUGCCAGCACCAGGCGUUCCUCGCACGGAGGGUUGUUGUAUAAUGCAGUGCGCCAUGACUGAAACUGGAGGAUUCGUAAACAAUGCACUCAACACGGAUGCGAUCAAGAAAUCGAUUGCCAGUACCUUGGGUUCGGACGCAAACUUUGGUUCGCUGGUAAAUGGUGCCGUUGACAGCUGUGCCCGCCAGAUCCAGAACGAUCCGGCCUACAGUGUUGCACCGAUAUCAUCUUCACCUGAUCGCGCUGGGUGUAGCUUUAUUCCGCAGGGCUUUAUUAACUGUCUGUACACGGCACUGUUCAAGGGUUGUCCUGCUAGUGUUUGGACCGAAAGCAGUGACUGUCAGGCCUUGAAGACAAAGCUAGAUAGUGGAUGUCCGUUUUUCCUGCUGUUGGGUCGUGGCCCGAGACAGUAAGGAACUCGAUCCCUCGAU